UCAGCUCCCACAUGGAGCCAAAGUCUUCUGCUGAUUUCAGCGGAGUUCCUGCCUGGGGGUAUGGAGGAACGAUACCUGCACCCGUCAGCACUCAGCCGUGCCACGCCAGCACUAUCAGAAAAAAAAGCAACGUUCGCCUCAAUGACCAACUCAUACCAAAACCAACUGAUAUAAAUUUAUUCGAGAGAAUGACAAAGACUACUACGCUGAAAGAGCAUCCUUAUUCAUCGCACAUUUCUCGGUUUGCCAUGUUCCCCUCGUUCCUCUCCCCGGAUGACCCGGAGAGGGGAGUCAGAGCGGCUUCACAGAGAUUCACAAACCCUCUCAUUCCAAACAAACCUCCUGACGUCACUUUGCUCAGCAAAACUAUAGGAGGUCCAUACCGACAUGAAAUCUUGGAAAACCCAUUUAAAUCCAGGAAAAUGGACGUUUCAUGGAAAGGAGAAAAUGAAUUUUUGGAUCAUUCAAAACCGGUAAAAGGGGAGACAAAGAUUUUCUACCCAGCUCCUCCGAAAACAAUACUGCCCAACCCAAAACUCCGACGCUGGGAUCUGUCAUUAUCAGAGCGCACGAGCAACAUUCUGAGAAACCUGGAGAGGAAACUCUGGAUCACGUCUUACCAGAUGGACUUUACUGGAUCAGGGCCUGCAAACCCUUUAAAGACCGAUGAUUUUAAGGAGAAAAUAAGUUCUCUCACUGGGAUUAAUUCACACUCCGCACCUCUGAGAGAAUUGUCCUGUCCUGUGUUUGUUCCAUCAAAACCCAAAGGAGGACGUAGACGAAGACUGCAGACAAAACGGAGUGACAGCCCAAAUUUUGCUGGUCUCCAAAUGUCAAAUGUAAAUCAAAGCACUGCUCCAUCUUACGUAUACCAAAAACAGCCCCAGGAGCUUAUGGCUAAUUAUAACAAAGUGACAGAUAUGAGCCAAAUGGGUCACAGUCAAUCAGAGUCUGAAACUGGCUUAAUAGAUGUGCAGCAUACUGAUCCAUCCCUAGAGAUCUUACAGCAAAGGGCUGUUGAUCAUGGUAGAGAAAGGGAAAACCGCAAAAUUCGAUUCAACGAAAGUCUAAUUCAAGAAUCUGAAUCAAAAAGCAGCGAAGGUGCUACUGUUCACCUCUCAAAUACACAACAAUUUAACCUGAGCAGAGAGUCUUCUUUCCAACGAGAGGCAAAAGUAAAGACAGAGACAAACUCAAUGGAGGAGCUGCAAAAAGAAGAUCCACAAAUCAAAAAGCAGUCUCUCAGAGUUGGAAAUCCACUCAGGUCUGAAUUACACGAUGCAUUAUCAAGUAAAGAGGACGAUAAGACAAAUGGCAGUGAGCUGCUAAGCUCUCUUCCUAAUGUCUCUAUCCUGCCGCGGGGUUCUGUCUUUUUGGGUGUUCCUACAAACACCUUUGAGACUGCAGGUAGGACAGGCACAAACCUCACCCUUCUAGACCUCCAAAACUCAUUCAGUAAGUCGGAGGCACAUCAAAGAUUCAACAACUCCAUCACACAUGCUGCUGUGGACCUGAGGGACAAUGUAGUCACUGGGAAAAGACACAACUUUUAUGGGAUUAACUGCAACCAUAUUCAUGGUUGAAUAUGAACUUUGACUUUCCAGCUAAUAGCAAAUAAUGUUUUCAAAUGGACUUGAACUGCCAGCAACUCACCCAGUUACAACAUUUUUUGUGAGUCAAUUGCUUGAUGCAACCUCUGUUAUUAGUAGUUAUACAUGGUUGUUCUGAAUGUCUAUAGUAAAAGACAGACUUUCAUUACAACAUCUUCAAAUUAGAUGUGUGAAAAAAGCAGCUGCACUAAGUGCAACAUUAGUUGUCCUCUACAACUGCCUUUAAAUACCGUGAACAUUUUAUCACCUAGCAACAAGCUUUGCAAAACUACAGCCUUUUGUAUUUGAAAAAGUGUCUUGUCUGUGACGCAAUCAUUGUGAUACACAGAAAUAUUUUGAUCUAAUUUGUUUCUUAAUAAUAUAACCUUGACUUUAUGCCCUGCUGGAUGGCACACCUUUGCCUAAUGUCACUUUUUAAUGAUACUUUGAAAAAAAACCACUUUUUUUUUUUGCAGUUUUUUUUUGUGUAGUCACAGAUGGGUCUAUUUUUCUAUCACCACUGACAAGUUUCAGAUUAAGAUGCUCCCACUGUCGUGUUUCAGUGGAGGAAUGGAGUGCAUCCACAAUUUGCAUAACAAAAUCAUCCCCAUACCAUUAAGGUUCCACCUCCUUCACUCUGGCUAUUUUGCUGCUUCUUUGCUGCUGUUAAAAAAAUUCAUCUCCAUAACAUGAUGCUGUGAACUUUUUUGUUGUAAUUUGUCUGCAGUUCUGCUGUUUUUUCUGUAUUUGGGUGAUUGGAUGAACGCGCCCUGAGACAUAGCUCUAGCUUUGAAAUGUAGCUUUACGGCCUAAUCCUGCUUUUAAUUUCUUAACUGUUGAAUCUUUGAUGUCUGGUCUUUAUGAUGCUGUUUGGUCACUAAUAAAUCACUGAGGACUCUACAGAACAUCUGUACUUACACUGAGAUUCAACAACACACAGUUGAACCCUAUACAGGGUUCUAAGUAAAGAAAUAAAAACAAAUG